AGCAAAUGAAACUUGUCAAAACAAUCAUUACAUCAAUCACAUUGCAUUUUCCGUUCGAAGUUAAUACGAAUCAAGUGAUCGUGGCGCUUCCGCCAGUGGCAGUGGCAGUUCUUCUUGCAAUUCCACGCAGCCGCACCCAAUCAGCUCCGGACCCAUCAAUUCUACCCAAUUGCUAUCAGACUCCAUCAAAAGCUCCGAAGACAUCAGUUGGCCCAACUUGAUACAGUAGGCUCAUGUCUAUACUGCCAAAAGAAGAGUCAUCCUCUACUGCAGCAGCCUCAACAACUCACUCCUCAAUGCAGGCCUCAAACGCCAAGGGCGGCCACAAAAGGAACCUGAGCAAUGGGACACCAGAUAACUCUCCAUUGAGAAGAUCCAAACGACAAAGAUCAACCGCCAAUCUCAAAGAGGCCUCGUCUGGUGAAGACUCAGAGGGAGAACACGAGGUAGUAACUACGCCGAAGAAAGGGUCCAGCGCCAAGGCUACCCCUAAGGCUGAGCCUGCUGCAAAGUCUAAGAAGACUCAGGUUGCGGCGUCGUUCAAGAAAGAGGUCACUGAAGGAACGGAAAUUGACUCCAGUGUUACUGUUGCCAAGGGAGAAUCUGGGGUCAAGACUGAAGCCGGAGAUAUCGCCGUGAAGACCGAGGCUGAAGCAGCUUCCUCCGUUAAAGCGAAACCUGCCAGGAAGGCUAGAAAGACCAAGGAAGAGAAGGAAGCUGAAGCGAUGCCGUUAGCACCCCGGACUCCGGGGCUGAAGAUGUUUGUCGGUGCUCAUGUUAGCGCUGCGAAAGGUGUAUUCAACUCGAUCACCAAUAGUACACAAAUCGGUGGCAAUGCUUUUGCACUGUUCCUCAAGUCACAGAGAAAAUGGGACAACCCGCCUCUGCAAGAUGAUGUACGGGAUCAAUUCCGCAAGAUGUGCGCCGAGCAGAACUACGAUGCGGCCAAACACGUUCUACCUCAUGGAUCCUAUCUCGUCAAUCUAGCUCAAAAUGACAAGGCAAAGGCCAAACAAGCCUACGACUCAUUCCUCGACGACCUCCGCCGCUGCGAAGCCCUUGGCAUCAAACUCUACAACUUCCAGUUUCAGCCCGGGAAGCACAAACCAACCCCCCUCCCUGAAGCCCUCGCCCGCCUAGCAGACUCCCUCACGCGAGCCAUAGCCGCCACAUCAACCGUUAUACCCGUGCUCGAAACAAUGUGUGGCCACGGCAACACAAUCGGUGGCACCCUCACCGAAUUCCGAGACUUAUUAGCCCUAAUUCCAAAAGAACACCACUCCCGAAUCGGCAUCUGCAUAGACACAUGCCACAGUUUCGCCGCAGGCUACGACCUCGUCAGCCCGGAAGGAUUCAAGUCCUUCCUCUCCGAAUUCGACAAUCUAAUCGGCCUCAAAUUCCUCCGCGCUCUGCACCUAAAUGACUCCAAAGCUCCGCGCGGAAGUAAACGUGAUCUACACGCUAACAUCGGCACGGGAUUCCUGGGUCUACGUGCGUUCCAUAACGUGAUGAAUGAGCCGCAUUUUGAGGGAUUGCCGAUGGUCCUUGAAACGCCUAUUGAUCGUGUCCCCGGUCAAAGCGCUUCUUCGGCUGAUGACGACGAUGCGGAUAGUUGUGAGAGUGAGUCCGAGAAGAAAGGGAAGAAGAAGGUAGUUAAAAAGGGCGGGAAAAGGCCGGCGGGGGCUUCGCCGGCGGCGGUUCCUGACCAUGGGGUUUGGGCGCGCGAGAUUAAGUUGUUGGAGUCGUUGAUUGGGAUGGAUCCGGAGGGGGAGGAGUUCAAGGCUUUGGAGGCGAGGCUUUCGGAGGAGGGGAGGGAGAUGAGGGAGAAGCAGAUGGAGCAGUAUGAGCGGAAGAUGGAGAGCGAGAAGAAGAAGGAGGCUAAGGCGAAGGAGAAGGGGCAGAAGAGUCUUAUGGAUAUGAUUAAGAAGGGGAAGGUAGAGAAAUAG